AUGAUCGUUGUGCUCGAGCCCGGCGACAUGCUCUACCUGCCUGUCAUGUGGUACCACAAGGUCUCGCAGUUCUGCAUCCCCGAAGACGAGGGAUUUGUCCUCGCCGUCAACUACUGGUAUGACAUGGACUUUAGCGGGCCCCUCUACCCACUGAGCUCCUUCGUUCGUAACUCUGCCCUCAAAGCGCAGGCUGAAGCAGAAGGGCACGAGGUCUGA